AUGGCUGCCAAAAACCAGUCAUCUCAGGCCUAUGAGCCUCUUCCCAGAGAGGACCCUUCUGCUGCUCUUCUCUCGCCCUCCGAGAGGGCGAACUCAGAGGAUGGCCAAACGCCCAUGUUCAGAUUCACCUUCUCGCCCACCUUGGUAGUUCGUUUGUUGACUGUUCCCCUCAUCAUCACCGACAUCGUCUUCCUCUGCAUGCCUCAGUACUCUCGCGGUGCGGCUGCUGUGUUCGCCAUCUUCGCCAUCUUCUCCCUGUUCUGGCACGCCUACCGUAUCUUCAACUGCUUCCUCCCCGGCAGGAAGAACAACCAAUUCGACUUCAAGAUCGGCAGCUUCUUCUGUAUGUUCGGCACCACUGCGCCUGGCUCGGGUGUGAGCAAGAGAACAGUAUCCUGCCUUGUCAGCGCCGUGGACUUUUCCAUCGGACUACUGUUCAUCGGUCCCAGCGUUCUGUCCGUAAGAACAGGUAUUUGGUACUACAACUCCUCUAAUCUCACAGGGUUGAGCAUUGCAAUUGUAGUCCUACAGUCAGCUAUUGCUCUCUUCAACUUGUUCAGUGCAUUCCGCAAGAUCAAGAUUUCUGUGUACAUGGGCGAGGAGGAGAAUGGCCGUAUUCAGCUGAGUGAGGAGCUAUUCCGUGACGAAAUGUCCGAGCCUCGCGAUUCGAUGUCUUCUGAGGUCUAA